AUGGCAAAUCAAGACGUUCAAUCAGUUCAUAUCCUUGGAUCUCCUUCUAUUAAACUCGGCUUUCGUCUACAGUCUUAUAUCGCUCAUACCGUCCUCAAUGACUUACCAGCCUCAACUUAUGUGAUCAUCACAGAUUCUCACUUGGCUAAACUUCAUCUAGCGCCACUUCAAGAUGCCUUUGAAAAGGAAAAACCGACUGCAAAGUUACUUACUUAUAUCAUUCCACCAGGUGAACAAAGUAAAAGUAGAGAAACUAAAGCAGAAAUUGAAGAUUGGUUACUUGAACAACGAUGUACGAGGGAUACCGUUUUAUUGGCUUUAGGAGGAGGAGUGGUGGGAGACUUGAUCGGGUUUGUGGCUGCUACAUUUAUGAGAGGUUUAAGAUUUUGUCAAAUUCCUACUACACUUUUAGCCAUGGUAGAUUCUUCAGUUGGUGGAAAGACUGCAAUCGAUACACCUCUUGGAAAAAACUUGAUCGGUGCAUUUUGGCAGCCUUCGUUUGUGUUUAUCGAUCCAGCUUACCUUGAAACUUUACCUGAAAGAGAAUUUGUCAAUGGAAUGGCCGAAGUUAUCAAGACUGCGGCAAUAUGGGACGAGACAGAAUUUGAGAAACUCGAGGCUGGUGUCGCUGCUAUUCGAUCAGCCGUCUUAUCACCUCCAACCGCUAGGGAGACCAGCAGCAUCACAGCUUCGCAGGAACUUCUACUCUCUGUCAUUCGAGCAUCCGUAGCAGUCAAGGCAGAAGUGGUGACUAAAGACGAAAAAGAAACCGGUCUCCGAAACCUUGUAAACUUUGGUCAUACCAUCGGACAUGCCAUCGAGGCUGUCCUCACGCCUGAUUUGUUACAUGGUGAAUGUGUUAGUGUCGGUAUGGUUCUUGAAGCUGAAAUUUCACGCGCUCUCGGCUUCCUACGUAAUGAUGCUGUGGGCAGACUGAGCAAAUGUCUCACUGCUUAUGGCCUUCCAGUCUCAUUGGCCGAUCCUCGUAUGUCAGGUGCACCUAAUGCAUCUGGUCUCACACCUGACCGUCUACUCGAUCUGAUGAGCGUUGAUAAGAAAAACGCUGGCAAGCUCAAAAAAGUCGUCCUCCUUUCUCGAAUCGGACGUACUGUUGAAGAACGUGCAACAGGUGUUGAAGAUUCAUUGAUCAAGCGGAUCAUCGCUCCUUGCGUUCGAGUCUUUCCUGGACCACCCUCUUCUACACAACUCAAAAUUACCACGCCUGGUAGCAAAUCUAUUUCCAACCGAGCACUCGUUCUCGCCGCACUAUCCACUGGUACAUGUCGUCUUACCAAUUUACUUUCCUCAGAUGAUACACAAGUGAUGAUGACAGCCUUGGAAGAUAUGGGUGGGGCUUCAUUUUCUUGGGAAGAUGGUGGUGCAACCUUGGUUGUGCGUGGUGGAGGUGGUAAAUUACACCCACCUCCCAAAGGUAAACAGGUCUACUUGGGCAACGCAGGUACUGCUGCUCGCUUCCUUACCACAGUCUGCACUCUCAUCACCUGUGAUGACCAACCGGGGUCUACCUCUCGUUCUGAACGUACUGUUAUUACUGGAAAUGCACGCAUGAAGCAAAGACCAAUCGGACCACUCGUCGAUGCUCUGCGUCAAGGUGGAAAUGAGUUGACUUACCUUGGUACUGAAGGAUGUUUACCACUUGAGAUCCCUGGAGGUGGCCUUCAGGGUGGUUUAAUCGAAUUAGCCGCUUCUGUCUCUUCUCAAUACGUCUCCUCUAUCCUUCUCGCUGCUCCUUAUGCCCGCAACCCUGUGACCUUGACUCUCGUUGGUGGUACGGUGAUCUCUCAACCAUACAUCGAUAUGACCCUUGCGAUGAUGGCUGCCUUUGGAAUUUCUGUUAAACGCGAUGAAGCCAAUCAGCAUACCUAUCAUAUUCCGAUCGGCAAGUACACAUGCCCGUCUGGCGCAUACGCUAUCGAGAGCGAUGCUAGUAGCGCAACUUACCCGCUUGCGAUCGCUGCACUCAACGGUCUCACGAUCACGCUUGACAAUAUCGGAUCGGCGUCUCUACAGGGAGAUGCACAAUUUGCGACCAAGGUCCUUGGCCCGAUGGGAUGUACCGUUGAACAAACCGCCACGACGACUAAACUUGUAGGCCCAUCUGAUCCUGGAAGAUUGCGCCAACUUGGAACCAUUGAUAUGGAGACGAUGACCGACGCAUUCUUGACAGCUUGUGUGGUAUUAGGCGUCGCUGGAUCAGGAGCUGACGGAUCUCAAUCGACAAAAGUCGUAGGAAUCGCCAAUCAACGAGUGAAAGAAUGUGAUCGAAUUGCCGCAAUGGUUGCAGAAUUGGCCAAAUUAGGGAUUCGUGCAGAAGAACUUCCUGAUGGGAUUGAGGUGUAUGGCAAACCGGCUUGCGAGCUAUUGGAAGGUGCUCGAAUACAUUGUUAUGAUGAUCAUCGGGUUGCAAUGGCAUUCUCGGUGUUGGGAAGCGUUCCGGGUGGGAAAGGUCUAGUUUUAAAUGAAAAACGAUGUGUGGAGAAAACUUGGCCAAGUUGGUGGGAUGAUUUUUCAAGUAAGAUGGGAUUCAUGAUCGAAGGUGUAGGCGGACCUACUGCGGAGGAAAAGAAAUCGCAGGCAGCGAAAAUCGAUGGAAACAAUCAGCCCUCUAUCUUGUUAUGCGGGAUGAGAGGCUCAGGAAAGUCUUUUGCAGGUCGAGUCGCAGCCAGCGCAUCGGGCUGGCCCUUGAUUGACAGUGAUUUAUACUUUCAAGACCGUCAUUCGACCAUCAUCACUGAUUUCGUCCACAAACACGGAUGGGAAGCUUUUCGUCGCGAAGAGGUGGCUAGUCUUGGUGAAAUCCUAAAAAAGUUCCCAACAAGACAUGUGAUUUCAUUGGGCGGGGGGAUAGUGGAGACGAAGGAAGCCCGAGAGCUGUUAAAGAAUUACAAGGGACCAGUGGUUCAAAUCAAUCGGGAUUUAGAAGAGGUGAAGGCUUAUCUUCACGAGGAUAGUACUCGUCCCUCGCUCGGAGAACCGAUUGACGUCAUUUGGAAGCGUCGUGAACCAUGGUUACUUGAGUGUUCAAAUGUGGAGUUCUUCAAUCUCGGAAUGACCGCUGACUCACCACAAACUUUGGCCAAUGAGCGAAGAGUGAUGCGUCAAUUCUUCGACUUCAUCACAGGCGAUGAUAAAAACCAUGUCUCACUCGGCCUUGAAUCGCGUACAUACUUUGUCGCCCUCACCCUGCCAUCACUCACGGAGCCUAUGGCAAUACAUUUGCCGGCGUUAUCAAAUUUCAAUCAGCUUACUACCGGUUGUGAUGCAGUAGAGCUAAGGGUAGACUUACUUUCAUCGGCUGGUAAAACCCCUCAGGCGUCUACGGUGCCCUCCUUACAUUUUAUCAGGAGACAGGUUGCAGCUUUACGUCGACUGACCACUUUGCCGAUCAUCUUCACGGUUCGGACUGAUGGACAAGGAGGCAAGUUUCCUGGUCAAGGAUCAGAGAAGGAGUAUUUCGAAUUACUUGAGCUAGGUCUUAGGACUGGAUGUGAAUAUGUUGACGUGGAACUUGGACACUCUCCUGAAUUAAUACGACAGCUUGGAGCGAAAAAAGGACAUAGUCUAUUGAUUGGUUCUUAUCAUGACUUUGCAGGAAAAUUAAGUUGGAACUCAAAAGAGAUGGAAUCAAAGUAUCAAGCAAUUCGAAAGUAUGCCGAUAUCGUCAAACUUGUUACUGUUGCGAAAUCCAUGGAUGAUAAUCUUGCUCUACUCAACUUUCGUGCUACUCAUUCUUCAACUUCAUUCCCACCCCUGAUUACUAUCAAUAUGGGCCUAGAGGGACAGAUGUCAAGGAUAUUAUCACCAGUCCUUAGUCCAUUGACUCAUGAACUACUUCCAGAACCAGCUGCACCGGGUCAGCUCACAUAUAAUCAGAUUCAACAAGCUCUCGACUUACUAGGUCAGCAUCCAUCACGUCAGUUCUGGCUGUUUGGCAACCCUAUCGGUCACUCUCGAUCACCACUCAUGCACAAUACCUCAUUCGAAGCUCUCAGCUUACGCUCACAUGUUUACAGCCCGAUGGAGACUGAUACACUUGAUAAGGAGAGUGUUAAAGCGGUAUUAAGAGCGCCUGAUUUUGGUGGUGCCUCUGUUACAAUCCCACUUAAACUUGAAGUUCUUUCACUGAUGGAUGAGCUCACCGAUGAGGCGCGAGAAGUAGGAGCGGUGAAUACGAUCAUUAGAAGAGGAGAUAAGUUGAUUGGAGAUAAUACAGAUUGGUAUGCGAUUGCUACUUUGAUCAGAAGAUCAUUACCAGCAGACCCAACUGUAAGGGCUACAGCUUUAGUAGUGGGUGCGGGUGGGACAAGUCGAGCGGCGGUGUAUGCACUUCAUCGACUUGGAGUCAAUCGAAUCGGAUUAGUCAAUCGAACGAGAUCUCGUGCAGAAGAAUUAGUAGCUGCAAUGCCAACUUCAUGGUCAAUUGAAGUAUUAGAAGACAUUGAAGAAGCGAUGAAAUUAGAACCAGGAAUUGUGAUUUCAACUGUACCAUCUGAUACAACUAAAGUACCCAAAGAAUUAUUAAAAAGAAAAGGAGGUGGUGUGUUGGUAGAAUUAGCUUAUGAAAUUAAUUCGGGUUAUGAAAAUGUUUUGGGAGAUGGAUGGAAGUUUGUAAACGGAUUGGAAAUCUUAAUUGAACAAGGAUCAAAACAAUUUGAAAUUUGGACUGGUAAGAAAAUGCCAAUUGAUAAAGUUUGGAAAGUCAUUAAAGAAGAAGAAGGAAAUUAGAGGAAAUUGAUGUUUGUUUAGAGUAAAAGUAUUGAUUGAAUUUGUGUUUAUGAU